AUGAUAAACAAGCAGUCAAAUGAGGACUUUUUACUUGGAAUAAAUGAGGAUGAAUUUGAUUUGCAUAAUCCUGAUAGCAACUACAAUAUGCUUGAUGAUGAUAGUAUGAGUUCUGUUACAGCUACAGAAAACCUUGUAAUUGAGAAUACAGGGAAUAAUAUUAGUGAAAUUAGUAAUGUUAAUGCUAGUGAAAUUGAUAAUGUAAGUAAAAACAAUAAAAUAGAACCAUUAUUUGUGUGGGAUAAAUCAGCUUUUGAAAAAGCAAAAAUGUUAGCAGAUGAAAAAAAAUGUAAUUAUGAUGAUGAAAUUGAGUGGGAAGAUUUGAAUUAUGAAUCUUCAGAAAUAGCAUCAUCAAUAAUACAGUCAACAGAAAGUUUAAAUUAUUUUCUUGAAAGUAAUUGUGAAAAAAAUCAAUUAAUACCAUCACAGCUGAUUGGUACAUGGAAAGUUGAUGGUGAGACAUUUAAAUCUGUAAAAAAUGAUCAAUUAUAUUCUUUAGGUGUUUGUGGAUCAUACUUUGGCCUUAAAGAAUGUCUAGCAUUUACUGAAAAACAUCAUAAAAUUGUCGAAAAUAAUGAUUCAAACAAAAAAAAUAAUAAUAGCAAUAGCAAAUAUCUUCGAUAUAUCUGCACUCAAUGUUUUGAUACUCAAGAUAGCGGAAGUCAACCUUUUUCAUGUAAAGACAAAUAUAAAGAUGAUACAACACAAGUGCUUAAACUUUUAGGACAAUGGAUUCUAAAUGUAGCAGCAUCAGAUAAUUCUACACAAAAAGAACUAUUAUUAAUAUAUCUUAAUUCAACAUUAUUAUUUUUUGAUAAAACUAAAUCAUAUACUUUAGACUCACCUAAUUUUACUCCUAAGGUAUCAAAAAAGACUGAAGAAACUUUAGGUAGCAUCACAUGGAAAUCUCAAUAUGAACAAUUUAUUAAAGCAAAUAUAAUAGAUAGUGAACAACUAAAAUUACAAAUAGCAUCAGCUCAAUCUGAAAGAGAUAGGAUUCAAGCACUUCUAUCUAAAUAUAUAGGAGACAUAAUUACAAUAAAUAAGGACCGCAAUGCACAAUCACUAAAAGAAGCUAUAUGGAAACUUGCUGACACUCUAUUAACUGCAUUUUAUUUACCUAAUCCAACAACACAUGAACUUUUCAAAAAUACAAUGGAAAUAAAUAAAACAGAGUUUUCUCUUAUUUUAUCAUGUUAUACAGAAGGAAUAAAUAGACAGAAUUUUUUAUAUUGUCAAGAAAUUUUAAAAACUGAAGCACGAGUUGUUAAAGGUCACAGGCGGCAUAAUGUAAAUAUAUAUAAACUAUCGACAUUGAUAAGUAACUAUAGUAAAGAUAAAAAGAGAAAAUGUGUUGAUAGUGUAAUCAGUAAACCUAUUAUCAAUAAUAAUAAUGAAUCUGGUAAACCUAUUACCAAUAACGAUGAAUCAGAAAAAGAUCCUUCUUUUAAAUAUAUCUGCCAGUUCACAAGUAAUAAUGCAAAAGAAAUUCUUGUUCAAUUACUUACUUGUAACUCUUUUUCUAAUGACGAUCAAUUGUUGUAUAAAGUCCUUCAUGAACUUCAAGAUGUAGAUCCAGUCUUUUCUCGUAAUAUCGGUUUAUUUGCGAGAUUUGUAGAAAAUCUCAAAAUACAAAUUGAAAAGAACAAAGAAUUCCAACAAAAUGUUAAAUUAUUACAAGACCAAGCAGAUCAAUUAGGAGAAUCGGAGACUUUAAAAAAGGCGAAAGAAGCUUAUGCUAAGGCUAGGGAAGAAACAAUACGAAGAUCCGAAAAACUUGAUGGACUUAAAAAAUCAGUAGAAAAGAUUGGAACUAAAGUUUCGGACACGAUCAAAGAUGUUGGAGAGAAUCCAUAUGUUAAAGGGACUAUUAAAGGAACUCAAGAAACGAUUUCGAACAUGUCAUCCAAAAUAUCGUCUACUACAGAACCAAUACGGCAAACCAAGAUGUAUGCAAACAUCCGUGAUACAUUGAAAGAAACACAAAAGCCAGACGAGUUAUUGAGAGAAACCCAGACAGGAGCAUCUAUGGUACUCCAUAAAGAUUCAGCAUGGAAGGAAAGCUGGAAUAAGUUUAAAGAAAAUAAUCCAGUUAUGCAAGGCAUAUUUAACAUGAAAAGGAAUUAUCAAGAUAGUGAUAAUGCCAUCAUUGCAUUUACUAGAGAAUUCACAGACCGUAUUUCAUACACAUUAGGAUCAUUUUUUCAAGAGAAUGAAACGGCGCAGGCAAUUACACAAUUAAAAAUUGUAGAUCCAGGAUUUAACAUUGAAGAGUUUAUGAAAGAAUUAAGGGAGUUUAUUAUACCAGAAAUAAUGGAGGCAUAUCUGAAAGGAGAUAUGGAAACUUUAAAAAUAUGGUGUUCAGAAGCAACGUAUUCAUUAUUGAACCAUGGUAUGCAAUCACAGAUUCAGCAAGGUCUUGUAAGCGAUUCAAGGGUGCUGGAUAUUAGAGAUGUAGAGUUGGCAACAGCCAAAGUACUUGAGAAUGGUAUACCGGUGUUAGUUGUGUCGUUUAAUGCGCAGGAAGUAGUAGUAUUUCGUGAUCAAAUAACCAAAGAAAUAAUAUAUGGGCGAGAAGAUCAAAUCGAUCAAUCUACAUACUUAUGUGUGAUUACCAAGCAAGAAGAUAAUUUAACCGAUCCCAUAACAGCCGGAUGGAGAAUUAUAGUUGCAUUAUAUAAUAGCAAUUUUUAA